GACGCGAGACUGGACGUACUGGAGGAAGCUUCCGAUUGCUGGCUGCUUUCUUUACUGACUGAGCUCCUAAAAUGUUAUUAGACUAGAUAGUAUAGCAAUAUUUCUUAAUUUAACUCUAAACUUGCCCUGGAUAAAGAAGUUGAACACGAGGAUCCUUGCUGCAAGGAAACUUUCUUUAGCUUUAACUAAAGGCUAAGAAAAGUUAUCUGCCAUACGUAACCACCUUUCAAGACUCGACAGAAGCUCUAUGAACUAAGAGAAGACACGUGGAGUAUUGAAAAGGUUUGAUAGGAUGCUAUCGAGCUACUCAACUUCGUUUUUCCAGUUCUCUCCGAAAUAUGAAGUGCGAGAUUGGUCUAUGUUCGGCAACGUUACUGAUAACCGUAACUAUACAGGACUCGGGAACGCUGAUAAACUUCCGGGAUUUCCCGAGGAAGACAUAGUCACUAUCGGGGAGUGGACGAUUCGAAUACUAGGGACAUGUGUGUGCGUGUUGUUGAUUGCUAUGACACUAGUGGGUAACGUACUUGUCAUAACAGUUGUUACCCGCUACAGAAGGCUUAGGUCAGUAACCAACCUACUUCUAGCUAGUUUAGCUUCCGCUGAUAUAACAGUGGCAGUAUUUGUCAUGCCAUUGCUGGUAAUAUAUGACCUAGAACGACAAUGGCGUUUCGGGGCCAUAGCUUGUCAUUUGUGGAUCUCGUGUGAUGUCAUGUGUUGCACGGCGUCUAUUCUACAUCUAUGUGUGAUAGCUCUGGAUCGAUUUUGGGCUAUCACUAGGCCUUUGCGAUACCAGAUAUUUGUCUCAAAGAAACGUAUCUUUGGAGCUGUUGUCGGGAUUUGGAUUUGUAGUGGAGCGAUUUCGUUUAUUCCCAUUUUUCUCGGUUGGUAUGCUGAUGGUGAUGGCAAGACAUCCAUCUUCGAGGACAGUAGCGAGUGUUCGUUGGAAGUUAAUCGAGUUUAUGCCAUCGUUUCCUCAAUGACAUCAUUCUACCUCCCACUUCCAGUGAUGUUUUAUGUGUACUUCCGGAUUCUGCUUAUAGCUGAGCGACAAGCUAGAGAGAUUAAACAUCUUGAAGUAUCACUACAGACUGCUGAUCAACAAGUUAAGAGAAGCCUUAGGCGCCGCUCUAGGCAGUUGAUCACCGACACAAAGGCUAUUCGAACUUUAGGAAUCGUGAUGGGCGUGUUUUGUGUCUGCUGGCUUCCUUUUUUUCUGAUGUACGUUAUUUUAUCCUACUGCGAACAAUGUUACUUGAGUUACGAGUGGCGAAGUGCCAUCACAUGGUUAGGUUAUCUCAACUCGUCCUUCAAUCCUUGCAUCUAUGUCUUUUUGAACAAAGAGUUUAAGGAAGCCUUCAGUCGAGUACUGGGUUGUAACUACCACAAGGACUCUGAUGUAACCAUGCCAGAUGACAUCAGUUCUGCUAGUCGCCACGCGCAGAGAAUGGAGAGAAUUCAGGCUAUGCAUACAAAAAACGAGCUCAACGGCCGACUACUUAGUGGUCGCCACAAGAAUCUAGAAACAGGGAGUCCUACCAGCUCCCGAAAAACCAGCAUUUCUACGUUUGUCACUGACAAAUCGCCACCUAUUAGUGGAGGACGUGCAGAAACAAAUAGUUUAAUUAAAACUCGUAAUACCACUAUAGAACAGUCAACAUUAUCGACAGCUACAGAGCCUGAGGAACAUCUAGUAAAUACAAUGAAGCCACACCUACAGAAAUAUGAGACAGUUACAGGUGUGGCAAAUUUACCGGAAUGUGACACAAUCACAAGGAAUGCGAAAUAUGUGAAACACAACGCCCUGAUGCCAGUUACAGAAAUAAAUGGGCAUAACGUCGUCUCUGAACAUGAUUUCCAAGCAGAAGACACAGAGUUGUUGGAGUACAAUGCUUUCAAGACAGGUUCAGGGUUAAAAGGAAGUAAUCAUGCUACAAUAGUCACAAAACAUCUGUCACCUAAUACCUACACAGUAACAGCAGAAAUUCCUGGGAGAAUCAACAUUACGACAUCCACAAAACUACGAGGAGAUAACACCGUAGUUACGUCAACCACAGAACUUCAGCAAAAUUGUCAGCGUACUUUCCAACCAAAUAAUUCAAAGAACAGCCAACUAGAACAAAAUAACCGUUCUUCUAUCUCUCAGAAUAAGUUAUUUUCCUCAACGUUUCGACUCUGUCCGAUAUUUGAAGAGACAGCGAUACAAACAACAGAACAACAAGUGUGACAAAAUCGUAAUGAAAAAGUUUAAUAAUACAACCAAAUUUCUAAGUUUAAUUUAAAUUAUUCAGGAACACGGGUUAUUAUAAUUUAUUAUCAUGUACUUUGAAGUUAUGAUAGCUUUUUGGCUCUUUGGAGUAAGUAGGAAGCUUAUAUUUUACAUGAGGUUAGAUUCUGAUAAACUCUAUUGCUUGUGUUUUAAAAUGAAGGUCUUUAUAUUAUUUUGAUAUAUUGUUUGUAUUUAAGCAUUGACUACUCCAAAAUCAGAAAUUUGGCUAGAAACUUAGAUCAUAUUUACAAAAGUAAAAGUGAAAAUCAGUGGUCAAAGUCACAAGUUUUUUGGAAGGUAAACUGUAAAGGCUAGGUCACAAAGAUACGAAAAUGUAAUGUGAAUAGCAAGGUUAAAAGGCACCAUAUUUCUGGAAGGUGAAAGUCUAUUGUGAAGGUUACAAAAUAACUGAGAAAGCAAAAUUAAAAACGGAUGUCAAGGCACAAAACUAAAGUAAAAAGCAGAUGUCAAUUUUAUAUGAUUUUAGGAAUGCAAAUCAAACAGUCAGAGUCAAGGUCACAAAAUCAGUACGGAAUAUAACUAUUAGUUAUCCUGAGAAUUAGAUGAUUUUUUGAUUAUAUUUGAUUUAAAAUGUCACUAUAAAGUUUAAAAUGUAAUAAUCACCUUAUAUCCAUGGCUCAAAGAUAGUUUUUUUUCUGAAACACAAAACUACAAUACAGCUAUGUAACAAUUUCUUACUCAUUUUCUCCAACGUCUGAUAUCAAGUUCCAUCAGGAAUAAAACGCGGGUUUGAAGUCGAUAUAAUUCUAAGUUUUUAACUAACGUAUGUUUAAUGUUCUCUUGCCUCAUGCCCAUCGGUAGGUUUGGGGUUUCACAGCAUCAGAAAAUCGGUUUCGAUACCUGAGGGGAGCAGAGCACAGAUAGUCCAUUUUUGUUACUUUGUGCUUAAAGAUAAACAAACAUAAACGUUUCACAUUUUUUUGUUGAGUGUAUGUUAAAUGUCAUUUCUUGAAACUUAAGUAACGUAGUUAUUACUUGAAGAACAACAAGUCUUAGUGACAGAUACUUCAAUAAAGGAACUAAAAUUUUCUGAAGUAUAGUUUAACACGAGAUCUUGAACUUUGUUUUCAUCCAUGGUGUAAGCACAUUUAUUCUCCCUGUUAAAGUUUACUGUUCGACGUAUCUUCUGUGUCAAUUUCCUGCUGUACCAGUUUUUCAAAAUAACUGACUAUAAAAACUUCUAUUUAGUCAUAACUGACUUCUUGCAUGUAAUGUCAUUUUCAACUUUACCAAAUAAAACCGAUAAAUGUG